AUGCGUAUUGAUGAAGAUGAGGAGGAGAAGGAGGAAGAGCAGGCUGAGCAGCAGGAGAUCAAAUUCAAUUGGAAUUCUUUCUCCAAGUUGCUCUGUCGGGUUUCCUUGUCAGAAGCCAAGAUGUACGCUAAAAUAUCUUACUUGGGGAACUUGGCUUAUUCCAUACCCCAAAUCAAGUACAGUAAACCACGUCACUACUACUUGGCCGUCGACAGACCUCAAUUCAAGAUGGUUACGUUGGUGGAUCUGUUGCGUGUGGCAAGGAAACAUUCUUCCUUACCUAUAGUGUUGUACUGUAGCUCACGUGACGAGCUUGAUGCUGUCUGCUCUGUUGUCUCUAACCUUCCUAACAUUUCCUUGGAUUCUGUGUACAGUGACUUGGCUGAAGCCGAACGCAUGCUGAAAUUGGACAAAUUCCGUCAAGCAACCAUGAAAUUGAACCAUAAACCUGCUGCAGCUAAUGCUGAAGUAAACCAUGAAACUGGAAAUGAAGAGCAUGAGUUGUUUAUGAUAGUUGUAACAGAUGCAUGUCUACCUCAUGUUUCUUCAGGGGAGUCAUCUAUUUGUGCUCAUGUUUUGAUAAAUCAUGAGUUACCAACUAAAAAGGAAACAUACUUGAGGCGCAUGACAACUUGUUUGGCAGCAGAUGGAAUUGUGAUCAACAUGGUUGCUGGGGCUGGUGAAGUGAUGACCCUGAAAAACAUUGACGAGAGCACGGGUGUAGUUAUUGAGAAGAUGCCCAUUGAUAUGUUUGAGAUGCUAUGACGGAAGGCAGAUUACAAGAAGUGACUUGAAUUUGUUGAGCGGGGCUAAAAUGGGUUCUAUCGCAUGCCUAGAACUGUAAUUUUGUUACCUUGUAUGCCAUCCAUUUGAAGGCAAAGAUUCCUGACAUGGUAAUGCAUGCUAUUUCCUAGGGAUGAAAUGUACAUAUGGGAUUCAAA